CCGAAGAAGACGCAGCGCCGGAAGUGAGGCUAAACUUUGCUCCACACAGCGGAAAACAGCUGUUGUUUAGAAACAGGAAUAGAUAGGAUGCCUGGGCAGAAAAGAAAGAUGUCUUCUUCUGAACCUGAAGUUAAAAAAACAAAGCUGGACCGAAAUCUCAUGGAGUCUGAUAAAUCUCAAAAACCCAAAAGAGGAAGACCGCCAAAAGGUAAAGUGCUGGAAGCACAGCCAUCAAAACAGAAACAUCAGACAGAGUCAAGGGAGGAAAACGGAAAGCCUAUUCGGCGAUCCUCUCGCUUGAAAACACCACCGAAAAAAGGCACUAGAGGAAGACGGCGGAAAGAUGGGGAGAAGCCUAAAGUCUCUGAGGAGAAAUCCUCCCAAAAAAUGACUGUCCUGAAAAAAGGAAACAAGAAGUAUGUUUCAAGAGUAAAGAGAGAAAAGCCCUCAAUCUCUGAAACCAUCAAAACAGUAGCAGCCAUAUUCCCUGUGCAAGUAGAGCACAAUUACGGGCGAUUGUUUGACGUGCAGGCUGAAGAGAUCACGCUUCCUAAACCUGACAAAAUCCAUGUGGCUAAUAAAAGUGAAAUGCAGGCGCUUGACGACACACAAGCAAGCAAAGCAGAAGAGCAAAAAGAGCUGCAGGCAGAACCUAUUGAUAAAAUUACCGUCAGCGUAGAUGCAAAAGUAGACGUGAUGAGCAAAUCUCCUCCACCACUAGAGGCUCUUUUCAAAGUCAUCCAAGAAACCAGCAUCACUAAACACUCAUUCUCUGGCAAAGACAUUUCUGAUAUGGAUGAGUUGGAAGUAGUGAACACAUGUUCACUCCAGGACAGUGUGCAAAGUACAGACGUGGCCAAAGUGUUUCUUCAAGACUCGGAUGCGUUUCUGGAUGAUGUAGAGAUUGAAAACUGCGUUGUGGAGAUUGAAACCUACGAGGAUUUGGAUGGCGAUCAAGAAGAGGUGUCGAAAAAGCAAGCAAGUGAAUGUGUGACCUGUCAAGAGGUCAAUUCUUCGCCGCCUUUGCCCCAAGAAAGUGCAACAGACUCUUCUCAAGAGCUUCCGAAAAAGCAAGCGAUGAACCCACAGGCUCGAACGAAAGCACGUCUGGCAGCUUUAGCUGAGGAAAGAGCGGCUGCCGCCAAGAAACCCCCACCGAGACACUUCAACCUCCUGGCUCUCUGUGAGGAAAUCGCAGAUGACAUCGCAUCCGAUGCUCCAGGAGCUGCAGACAAGCAAACGUCUGAGCAACAACAGGAGGAUCAUGAAUCUGAAGACGUGAGUGAAUGUACGGAAGUUAGUGAAUCAAAAGAUGUGAGUGUAUCUAAGGAAGUGAAUGAAUCUAAAGACCUGAGUGAACCCAAAGAUGCAAGUGAAUCUAAGGAGGUGUCUGAAAAUAAAGAGAUUUCUGAAACUAAGGAGAUGUGUGAACCUGAGGAGGUGGUCUCUGAAAACACGGCUCCUCCUGAAACACCCAAUGAAGAGACAGCUGAUCCCAGGCCUGAGGAUGGUACGCCUAAGAAACGUUUUUUCCUCAGCCAGAUGUCUGUGCCUCUCAAAACACAGGAGAAGAAGAAACUCUCCCGCUUUCAGAGGCUCAGGCAGGUGGAGCUUCAGCGGGAUAAGUUGACUUGGACUCGUGUGAAGAAGUUGAAGUCUGAUCAGGUCAAUCAGGCUGGCUCUCAAAAGGAGACCGACGCUUCAUCAGUCUUGCCCAGCCCUCCCACCCCCCCUGCCCAGGUUUCUAUUACAGAAAGUGUGCCAAUGGGUUUGGUUGAACCCAAACGGGCGCUUCCGGCUCAGGCGCCACCCAUGCCUAAUGGAAUAACCACCCCGAAACCCAAACCAGUGGUGGAGUAUAAACCCUAUACUCCCAGACGCAAGUAUUCACCGGAUGACUUUGAACUCGAUGGUCUUGAAGAGGAGACCACUAAACCAGCAGCACCCAAAAAUGAGGGUAAAGCAGAACAGUGGUCUUCAUCAGCUAAAGUGCAGCCCAAACCAGCAGUGGAGAGGAAGCUUAGGUAUUCCCACUACUGCAGCCUCUGGCUCUUCUUCAUGAUCCUCUUCUUCUCUCUCCUCCUCAUAUACACUCUCCUGUUUGGGAUCAGUGCUUUCAUCCUGUGGACAAGACUCAUAUUCUCCAUAUCCCGUCUUAUCGAAGAUGUCAGCAAGGCUGUCAUUUGCCUUCUGCCCGAUCCUGUUGAUCAAGUCAUGUCAGACUGUGGCUCACAAAGGUGCAGUCGGUGUCCAGCGUCUCCAAAUCUGUUCUGGCCUGAUGCUAUUUGGAUGCCUGGGCAGAAAAGAAAGAUGUCUUCUUCUGAACCUGAAGUUAAAAAAACAAAGCUGGACCGAAAUCUCAUGGAGUCUGAUAAAUCUCAAAAGCCCAAAAGAGGAAGACCGCCAAAAAGUAAAGUGCUGGAAGCACAGCCAUCAAAACAGAAACAUCAGACAGAGUCAAGGGAGGAAAACGGAAAGCCUAUUCGGCGAUCCUCUCGCUUGAAAACACCACAGAAAAAAGGCACUAGAGGAAGACGGCGGAAAGAUGGGGAGAAGCCUAAAGUCUCUGAGGAGAAAUCCUCCCAAAAAAUGACUGUCCUGAAAAAAGGAAACAAGAAGUAUGUUUCAAGAGUAAAGAGAGAAAAGCCCUCAAUCUCUGAAACCAUCAAAACAGUAGCAGCCAUAUUCCCUGUGCAAGUAGAGCACAAUUACGGGCGAUUGUUUGACGUGCAGGCUGAAGAGAUCACGCUUCCUAAACCUGACAAAAUCCAUGUGGCUAAUAAAAGUGAAAUGCAGGCGCUUCACGACACACAAGCAAGCAAAGCAGAAGAGCAAAAAGAGCUGCAGGCAGAACCUAUUGAGAAAAUUACCGUCAGCGUAGAUGCAAAAGUAGACGUGAUGAGCAAAUCUCCUCCACCUCUAGAGGCUCUUUUCAAAGUCAUCCAAGAAACCAGCAUCACUAAACACUCAUUCUCUGGCAAAGACAUUUCUGAUAUGGAUGAGUUGGAAGUAGUGAACACAUGUUCACUCCAGGACAGUGUGCAAAGUACAGACGUGGCCAAAGUGUUUCUUCAAGACUCGGAUGCGUUUCUGGAUGAUGUAGAGAUUGAAAACUGCGUUGUGGAGAUUGAAACCUACGAGGAUUUGGAUGACGAUCAAGAAGAGGUGUCGAAAAAGCAAGCAAGUGAAUGUGUGACCUGUAAAGAGGUCAAUUCUUCGCCGCCUUUGCCCCAAGAAAGUGCAACAGACUAUUCUCAAGAGCUUCCGAAAAAGCAAGCGAUGAACCCACAGGCUCGAACGAAAGCACGUCUGGCAGCUUUAGCUGAGGAAAGAGCGGCUGCCGCCAAGAAACCCCCACCGAGACACUUCAACCUCCUGGCUCUCUGUGAGGAAAUCGCAGAUGACAUCGCAUCUGAUGCUCCAGGAGCUGCAGACAAGCAAACGUCUGAGCCACAACAGGAGGAUCAUGAAUCUGAAGACGUGAGUGAAUGUACGGAAGUUAGUGAAUCAAAAGAUGUGAGUGUAUCUAAGGAAGUGAAUGAAUCUAAAGACCUGAGUGAACCCAAAGAUGCAAGUGAAUCUAAGGAGGUGUCUGAAAAUAAAGAGAUUUCUGAAACUAAGGAGAUGUGUGAACCUGAGGAGGUGGUCUCUGAAAACACGGCUCCUCCUGAAACACCUAAUGAAGAGACAGUUGAUCCCAGGCCUGAGGAUGGUACGCCUAAGAAACGUUUUUUCCUCAGCCAGAUGUCUGUGCCUCUCAAAACCCAGGAGAAGAAGAAACUCUCCCGCUUUCAGAGGCUCAGGCAGGUGGAGCUUCAGCGGGAUAAGUUGACUUGGACACGUGUGAAGAAGCUGAAGUCUGAUCAGGUCAAUCAGGCUGGCUCUCAAAAGGAGAGCGACGCUUCGUCAGUCUUGCCCAGCCCUGCCACCCCCCCUGCCCAGGUUUCUAUUACAGAAAGUGUGCCAAAAGUGGGCUCGGUUGAACCCAAACGGGCGCUUCCGGCUCAGGCGCCACCCAUGCCUAAUGGAAUAACCACCCCGAAACCCAAACCGGUGGUGGAGUAUAAACCCUAUACUCCCAGACGCAAGUAUUCACCGGACGACUUUGAACUCGACGGUCUUGAAGAGGAGACCACUAAACCAGCAGCACCCAAAAAUGAGGGUAAAGCAGAACAGUGGUCUUCAUCAGCUAAAGUGCAGCCCAAACCAGCAGUGGAGAGGAAGCUGUGUAUUCCCACUACUGCAGAUAGCAAGUCGAAAUCCUCUCCCCAGCAAGAAACUGCCCAACAAACACAAACGGAAAACAGCAACAGUUCUAGUGUUGAACCAGAACAGAAGAAAGAGGAAAAAAACAGUCCCAAACCUGAAAGUCCAGCAGCACAGUCCAGCAAUGAAGCGGGUCAGAAGGCAUUUGGUGCGGUGACCUGUAACGUGUGUGGGAUGCUUUACUCUCCUACCAGCGCAGAAGACGAAUCCCAACACCUCCUCUUCCACAACCAAUUCAUCAGCGCCGUCAGAUACGUGGGCUGGAAAAAAGAGAGGAUCCUGGGAGAAUAUCCUGAUGGCAAGAUUAUUCUUGUUCUCCCUGAUGAUCCGAAGUAUGCAUUAAAAAAGAUUGAGGAGAUCAGAGAAAUGGUGGACAAUGAUUUGGGCUUCCAGCAAGUAAAGAGCAAAGUCCCAUCACAGACCAAAACCUUCCUCUUCAUUUCAAAUGAUAAGAAAGUGGCAGGCUGCCUUAUAGCAGAGCACAUACAAGAGGGCUACAGGGUUAUAGAGGAAUCUGUGCUGGAGGGUUCAGAGGGAGAGAAGUUGAUGUAUGAGCGUCAGAGAGCCUGGUGCUGCUCUACUGUUCCUGAACCUGCGCUCUGCGGCAUCAGCCGCAUUUGGGUGUUCAGCAUGAUGAGACGGAGAGGCAUCGCCUCACGCAUGAUCGAGUGCCUCAGGAACAAUUUCAUCUAUGGGUCACAUCUAAGUAAAGAUGAAAUCGCCUUCUCUGACCCCACACCAGACGGCAAACUCUUUGCAACACAUUAUUGUGGAACCUCUCAGUUUUUGGUCUACAACUUUGUCAGUGGCAAACGCUCAACCUGACAGGAUGAGGACAACAGAACAGAGCUGAGUUUUAUAAUAUUAACAUUUGAGAAGAGAAAUGGACUAACAAGACCUUAUUUCACUCAAUCAAACAAUGCACACAAGAUUCGAGAGAACACGAAAGAGAAACAGACACAAUAACAGCUCUUUUUGUUAAGAGUAUCCGUUUGACAAAAAUUGGCCUCGUUUCCUCACAGGAUGCAAAGUUGGACACUUUCACGGCCAGUUUUUUUCAAUAAUUAAUUUUAACUGAUGCAUCGCUCGGAGAAAGACAUCUGAAAUGUUCUCUCAGGUUUAGGUUGCAGCCUAUUUUAGGUCUCACCGUUUAGUGGAAGCCAUGUAGUCCAGUGCACAAUUGCAGAAUCGGUGUAAGUAUUUCUUUCUAGAACAUACAGGAAGAGCUUUUUUUCUACUGUAAGCAAUGCCUCGGUCGUGAGGCGACGACUUUUGAAUCUCAGGUUGAAAAAACAUCAUGAAUUUGUCAUCAAAAUCCCUUUAACCCCCGCAUCACGUCAGCUAUUUUCAAAGAGAGCGUAUUUUCCUGAAUCGAUGUGUUCCAUGUGCAUUUUACAGAGGUUUACAUGCAUGGCAUUGACUUUGGUGGAUGGUGAGUGAUUUCGAAGAAGUCGCUGUUUUUUUUGCACAACUCUGCCCGAAUGAAUUUGAUUCAUUUGUUUCUAAAACGCAUCAAGUGUGAUGAUUUGACAUGAUUGCCCGGUCAUAGUAUUCCAUUUACAUUUUAAUAUCUUUUAGAUUGAUUUUAUGUAUGUAUGUAUGUAUGUAUUUUGAUUGAAUUAUAUUAAUUUACACAUGAAAAA